AUGUGGGAUUUUUACAACGACAAAACCAUCUUCCUGACAGGGGGAACAGGAUUUGUUGGCACUGCAAUUUUACACAGAGUCUUCACUCAAGCCAAGCCCCGCCGUGUUUUUGUGCUUUCUCGAGGUGGCUAUAAUGGCAACCUAAAGAUGGCCGGCCUCGGCUUGUCUCAUCUAGACUGGGAAUGCCUCAAAGAAUCAGUGAACAUUGUCAUCCAUGCCGCAUCUUCGAUCAGCCUGGGCUCAAAAAAUCUCAGAAAGAUGUCCGAGCUAGUGAUGUCACCAACGAUGUUUUUGGCAGAUAUCGCCCUGCAAAUGCAAUACUUUCAUACCUUUGUGUUUGUUUCAACAGCCUACUCCAAUGCUCAUCUUUGGACUUUGUCCGGAAAAAACGACGUGACUAUCGAGGAAUCCUUCUACAAGCUUGAUACCGAAAACAGGGUCUCCGAGCCACAAAAAGACUCGUGGGAAUAUAUCACCCGAGGUGCGACCGAGGAAUGGGUCGAGAUACAACGCACGGGCACUAACAAGGUCUGGGAGACCUUUGAUUUUCCCUGGGCAUACUCGUAUGCCAAAAACCUCACGGAGAGACUCUUGUUGCAGAAGUUCGGGGAGCAACAUCUCUUGGAAAAGCUUUUGAUCGUCAAGCCUUCGAUAAUCUCGCCUGCUAAAAGCUGCCCGUAUCCUGGUUAUGCACGGGCUUCUUCAACGCCGGCAGCGGGAUUCGUAGCUGGCAUUAACAUUUCAUUUGGACGGCAAUUCCGGUUUGCCUCGCAGGCUUCCACACCUUAUGAGUCGACCUUGGAUGAAGUUCCUGUGGAUGUUGUCGUGGAUCGAAUUCUUAUGCACUUGGCCUGUGGAACGAGCGGAGUUGUUCAUGCGGUCAGUGGCAAGAAAGAUCGACUAUCAGUUUUCAAAGACAUAAUGCCAUACGUCGCGAGUGAGCGCCGCAUUCCUUGGAAAAUCACCCCUAAGUGGUCAUCUUUGGACUGGCAUUCCAAGGACGUACAUCCUGUGAACAAAAUCUUCAAACUUGUGGGAACUUCAUUUGAUUUCAAAGAAGAGAAGACGGAGAAACUAUGGAAUGCCCUGAGUGACCGUGAUAAGUCUGGUCUGAUUCUAUUCACAGAUGGACAUGGCUUUAGCCCAGAGCAGAGAAGGGGGAUAGUACGCGAGAUGGGGCUCGUGUUUGGUCACAAAAAACACGUUCCAUCCUUGCUUGUCAAGUUGCUCUUUCCUUCCAGCAAACCAAGGUCGGAUAUUCCAUUGCCCGUAGAGUGCCAGGAAGAGACUUAUAUGACCAAGUAA